AUGUCGGAGAGGGAGCGAGAGGCGAGGGACUCGCGGGUGACGCAGCGGAGCCGGCAGGAGCUCGCGCUGGAGGAGGAGCUCACGAGGGAUCUGAAGGCGAUUCGCAAGGCGGCGAGGAAGCAGGCGAAGAGCGAGCGGCGCGGACGCGCGGCCGCGGGCGCGGGGGAGGAGGAGGAGGAUCUGGAGGAGGACGACGACGAAGUGUCGGAUAACAACGAUGCGUUCGGACACAGCGCGUUCGGACGCGGCGCGUUCGGGAGACCGCCGCCGAAAUCGCCGCCGAAGCGAGGCACGCUCGCCGCCGCCGCGGCUGAGCUCGACGUCGCCGGGUUCAUGCGCGGCCGCGACGCGAGGAAAGAUCUGGACGAUUUUCUCUCCGCGGAGGACUUCGGCGGCGGCGCUGGAGGAGGAGGAGGAAGCGGCGGCGACGCGGGUGAGGGCGAGAAGAAGGACACUGUCGGACACGAGGUGUCGGACACUGUCGGACACCACACGUUGUACGGCCUCCGCCGCGAAGCCGACCGGUCGAGGGCGGCGAUCGAGACGGCGACGGCGACGGCGACGGCGACGGCGGCGACGACGCGCGGCGGCGGCGGCGGCGUCGGCGCGAAGGAAGAAGAAGAAGAAGAAGAAGAAGAAGCGGGAGGCGAAGGAACAGUGGAAGAAGACCCGAGCGUCGUGGAGCGGCGACGGCGAGACGCCGUCCUCGCCGCGUCCGGCGGCGCCGUCACCGAGGCAGAUCUCGUCGGCGUGAACUUCCGCCCGCCGCCGCCGUCGGGUGGCGCGGGCGGCGACCUCAUCUUCGACGAACGCGGCGGAUCCGGCGCGAGCGCCGCCGCCACUCCUUCGAGCGGUAGUAGUUUGAAUAACGCGUCGGCGUCGUCGACGGCGUGGUCGACGUUGAGUUGGCUCGGCGGCGCGUUCGGCGGCGGCGCGAGCGCGCUCGCGUCCGGGGUGAGUCACGGCGUCGCCGCGCUCGCGAGAGGCGGCGGCGGCGGCGGCGCGGGCGGGGGGGCAGUCGCGGGCGGCGCGACGAAGCGCGUGGAGGAGAAAGAGGACGAGAAGAAGGAAGAUGAAGCGGCGCCGGCGGCGUCGGCGGGCGGGGACCCGCUCGGGGCGUCGCCGCCGCCGCCGCCGCCGGCGAGACGCUCCUCCUCCUCCUCCUCCUCCUCCUCCCCGGGGGACUCCCCGCCGUCGUCGCCGAGGCGUUCCGAGGACCGCGCGGAGCGCGUGGAGCCGCCGCGGUGGUCGCCGGUGUCUCCCGCGUUCGUCGCGUCCCUCGACGACGACGACGACGACGACGACGACGACAGUCACGACGACGCCGCGCCGCCGCCGCGCCCAGAGUCGCCGUUGAACGACGACGACGCGGGCUGGCUCGACGCGUCCGCGUCCGGGGACGUCUCCGGGAGCGACUCCCCCGGGGGCGAAGAGGGAGAUGAGAGCGCGAAGAGGAAGAGCGCGAGACGUUCGCUAGACGCGUGACGCCGCCAAGUUUCUUUUC